AUAUAUUUGCUAAAUUUUUGGCAAUGGCUAUGUGUGAGGAUUUUAAAAUUUCAUAAUUCAGUGGAAUCUCUCGACCUACAGCAACUUGAACGAUUUAUGUGCAAAAAAUAAAAAAUAAUAAAAUAAAAUACUUUAAAAACUGUAAAUUGAAAUCAGACGUUUUAUUUAAUUAAAUUAAAACUUUUUUUAAAUCCUGACAAUACUGUUAAAAAUUAACAUUCCUGUGCCUACUUGAAGCCUUGUGCUUGCGCUCGGUGGUGUUUAAUAGAAAGUUUCAGAGCAUUGGCACGCGGUCCCACAUACAUACAUACAUACAUACAUAUUAUAUAUACUCGCACAAACAUAUGCAUAUUGUCGCCGCGUUGGCCGUUUCCCGUCUGCGCGGCUGAAUCAUCCAUCUAAAUUCUGCCUGCUGCUGUUGUACAGAGCAAGUGCUUCCACAGAAAAAUUGAACACAAAUCGCCAAUAAUAAUUUAGCAAAAGACAUACAUACACGUACAUACACAUAGAUAUUGACGUGUUGGGACAAAAACAAAACGAAAAAUUUUAUCUGCAUUUCUUAGGACUAACCUACUACAAUACUCCAUCAGGAUGACGAAGGAACAAGCAACCGCGAUACCAGAGGAGUUGUAUAACCUCACUCAACUCGCUGAGGUCACGCUGGCCGCCGGAAGACUUAGCACAACCAAUAUAGCAGAAAUUAAAGACUACAUUAAACGUCAUACUUCAUUGGACUACAUAACUGAAGAGACGCCGGUAUCUGCAACCACACACGACAACCAAACGUCAGAAGACAACGUGCUGAUGGCAUCUACAACAAAUACAAACAAUGAGUUUAACAGUGGCUUGUGGCAUAACAGCGAAGACUGCAACACCUCAAGCAAACAAUAUGAGCACGAAACAUUUCAUAGCCAACAAAAAGAACAGCAAAACUAUAAAACAUCACUAACGGUGCAGAGAACAACAUUCUACUCGUCUUCGGAUGAUGAUUCUAAUUACUAUAGUCACAAAGUUUUCGAUCGUAAGAAAUUGCGUCGGUCUACAAUCUCCGAUCAUUCGCGCUAUGAUGAGCAUUCCUGCAGCAGUUUGCCAAGUUGCAGUAGCGACGAACAUUUCAUGGGUUCCUCAGGUAAUUCGUGUAACUCAGAGGGCAGCAAGUUGAGUGAUGGGGCUGAGGGUAGUGCCAGUGUUGGUAAUUUGCUCGAAGAUGAACACAUAUGUCCAGAAUGCGGCAAGAAGUAUUCGACAUCGUCCAAUUUAGCACGACAUCGACAAACGCACAGGUCAAUAAUGGACAAAAAAGCACGACGAUGCCCGUACUGUGAGAAGGUCUACGUCUCAAUGCCCGCCUUCAGUAUGCACGUGCGUACGCACAAUCAGGGCUGUGAGUGCCAGUAUUGCGGUAAAUGUUUCUCUCGACCAUGGCUGCUGCAGGGACACAUACGCACGCAUACCGGCGAGAAGCCCUUCAAAUGCAACGUUUGCGACAAAGCAUUCGCGGAUAAAUCCAAUCUUCGUGCGCACAUACAGACCCACUCUAAUACAAAGCCACAUACCUGCGGUCGCUGCGGUAAGGCCUUCGCGCUGAAAUCCUAUCUCUACAAACACGAAGAAUCUUCGUGCAUGAAAAAUCAUCAGCGUACAGCUGAACGUAGUGAGGCGUCGCGCGCAAAUCGACAUUCAACACACACAACCACAACCACAAACCCUAUGCCACAUCACAGCAAAACUGUGGACACACAGCCGCUAUCGGAUUCGGCCAAGUCGACGUUGGCUACAAAAUUGUUGCAGAAAGAAAAAGAACGCCGUCAAGUUAGCUCACACGCCUAUGCCGACUUCACGCCGGAACCAAUACAGAAACCAUUCGAAAUUACCACAAUAUUGACGCUAACCGACAAUAGCGGCACAAAUAAAGCGAAUCCAGUGUCGGAGAAGUCAUACACCAUGCUUACAAGUCCCAUGACCCAGGAGGAAUAUGAACAUUUCAAACGCAUCAGUGUCAUCCAAUCAGCGUCAUCAAAUGAUCUAGUCUAUCGUGAGCAGAUGAGUGGUACCCAGGUUCUGGGCGAGGCUGCUGUACAUGUGCCAAUAUUAAAUAGCGAUUUCAAGACUCAGUUUCAAGGACAAACUCAAGAACAACCGGUUGAUUUUUCACCCAAAAAUAAUUUCACACAUUCGAUAAAGACGAGCCCCUUCGAGUUGACCAGUAACUAUGCUAUACUGGCCUAAACUGAGCGGUGGCAUGGUAACCGACUUUAAUAGUUCAAAAAGACAAAAUGAAAAUUUGAAAAUUUUAGACUGUUUGUAUGCUUGGAAGCUGAAGGUAUUACGUCGCAGAUAUGCUUGAGUUCGAUGUAAUUAGUAUUCAAGGAAAUGACGUGAAUGAAUUGAAUUGAAUUGACGGUUUGAGUUUGAACGCCAAUUAUUAUCUGAUUUUUAUGAUAAAUACUCAUGCAGAGUCAAAUGUUAACAAUGUUCUGAGUAAAAUGGUAUUUUGUGGUUAAGUACUUCCGGGUCUAACAUGGAAAACGCAAUUUUUAAAUUGGACUUAUUUAUCAAAGAGACUCAACACCAGCGCAUCUCUAACAUCAUUUCAAUACCACUUUUAUCUCGAAAUUUGCUUCAGUUUCAGCUAUAAGCUCUUCAUUCAAAUGAAAUUUGUUAUUGGUGAGCAUUUCUGACAGGAGCCAUUAGUACCUGGGCCCUAAAUGCGGUGAAUAUGGGAGCAAUUGGAAGCUUACUUUAUGUAGUUUUGCCGUUGUUUUGAUUGACUUGUGACACGGUGGGUGUGCUCUUGAUCAAGCAGAACACUCAGUUGUUGGUACUUCCCUCUCAAGGUGUUCGUUUACAUCACGCACAACCGAAACACAAGCUCAUAACUGAUUGGCAUGCUUUCGAGCGCUUUGGAUGAGGCUCAACAGUUGUUGAUCACUCAGUUGACAAUCGCUUUGAUUUCGGAAUGAAGUGAUACAUCCAACGAGCAAACGGGGUAAACAGUUUGAACACAGCCUUCCUAAAGCAAUAUAAAGGCAACACGUGCUUUUAAUAUCUUUACGAUUCCAUUUAACUCAUACAACUUCCCUUCUUUUAGCUGCCUAUUUUUCUCGAAAGGAUGAUCUUUCAUGGAAGUCAGCACGUUCAGGGUAUACAAGUACCGGCUGUAGGCUUUUUAGCCUAUAACCGUUUCGCUCUUCUCUUGUGAGCCAUCAUCCAAAGCUUCUGGAUUUAUCGUUCUUUUGCGACCCAUAGGCGUUCUAACUAGUUUUGUGGUACACCACCCAUCACCAGCGUCAUAUACUUACCUGCUGACCUAAAAGGAGUUUGGUCGCCGAAAGGGUAAUAAAAUCUGGGUUAAUUAUGAUGUGAGAAUCGGCUGUGCUCUGCCAGUGAAUGACGUUCUCGGAACCUAAGCAUUGCAAACGAAAAGCUCAAGCUACUUAGAUUGGCGCAAGUUAGAAUUUGAUAUUCUAGUAGACUCCAAAAUUUGACAUCGACAUACCCAACGUAUGUCCUGCAUGCAAUGUGGCCACGCACGAUACUAACCACCUCUUUGCAUGCCCUCUAAAACCAACUCAUCUAACCCCAUUGCUUGUGGGCCGAGCCCGUGGAAACAGCUUGUUUCCUGAACCACACGUGAGAUGACCUCGGUCCCAUAGACUAACUGCUCCUAAGUUGGGUUAGCGAAACGCUACAACAACAUCAGCGUCAUAUAGUAACAGUUUAGGUAUUUAGAGAUAACUCUUAGCUAAUAGCGCGUUGUUCACAUGUCGCGCGCUUAUUAUAUGUGACCAACAGGAAGAGUUAAAAACAUUAUUAUUGAUUUUCGGCGAAUUAUGGGGCUCUUGUUCUAGAUGUCGCUCUAGUCGUACGCAGAUAAAUCGUUCUAAUAACUUUUUAGGCGUAUGCAGAAUGCAGAGGGCAAAAUUUAUCAUAAUUUCGGAAAGAGAAAAUCUCCCCAACUGCGGGUAAAGAGCUUCGUGCAAUUUUUGGGACCUUAUAGGGACAUCCAUCUAGCGCUUGUGUUUUUGUAUUUUCACAACUCAAGAAUUGCAACCUUUUGGUGAUCAGUGGUACGUCUAUGAACCGUUCGGUUCUCUGCUUGUUUUUCAAUUGUGUGAGACAGGCUGGAGCUUUCUCUUUGUUAUCCUUGAUUGUUGUUUCAUUUUCACUUACUAAGCAUCGUGCCAAGGGUGGACGUCCAGUGCAUUCUUCGCCUACGAUGUCUCUGUGACAACGUUUGAAGUUAGUAAACCAAGCACUUUCUAAAAAAAAUCUUUGCUGAAAUUGAGGAAAAAAUUCUCUAAUCUUUCGUUGUAAUUGGAAUUGCUAUAGAAAAAUGUAGCGCUUUAGUCCAGUCUACUUAACCUUCGUAUAAUUUUUGUGAACUAACAUAAUUUUUUUUUAUUUGUUUAUGAAAAACUUUUACUUAGAACAAGGAAAACAUUUGAAGUUGUGGGUGUAAAUAAAGAAAAAAAAAUUGUAUAAAAAAACUUAUGCACUGGUCGUUUAGUAGAAAACUGAUUGUGAUAAUUAUGAAAAAAAAAUAAAAAAUAGUUGUAGCUGUUUAAACAUUAUGUGCUAAACAAUAUGCAAAAUGUUGCAAAUUACAUAACUUCUGACUAAGAUUGUAACAGACAUUGCUUAUUUAAUUAAUUAUUAAUUAUCUAUGUAAGUACAUGUGAGAUGUAUUGUACACAGGAAAUCUACAUACGUAUAUAUGAAACUUAUUUAGAAUAUUAUUUGUUUGUGUAAUCGAAGUGCAAAUAUCCCAU